AGCGGGACCCUGUGUCCGGCGAGUCCCUGGGAAAGAUGGCGGCGUUGUGUCACCGUGGGCUUUCUCUCUUUUUACUUCCGCUGUUUAUACUAGACACUGGGUCUGUUGCAGACUUGACAGAUGGGAAUAGCGAGCACUUGAAGCGGGAGCACUCUCUCAUCAAGCCUUACCAAGGUGUGGGUUCCAGUUCAAUGUCCCUAUGGGACUUCAGCGGAAGCACAAUGCUGACAAGUCAAUAUGUGCGGUUGACGCCAGAUGAGAGAAGCAAGGAGGGCUCGAUCUGGAAUAGAAUGCCUUGCUUCCUAAAGGAUUGGGAGCUGCAUGUUCAGUUUCAUGUUCAUGGUUCGGGCAAAAAGAACCUCCAUGGAGAUGGCUUUGCUUUGUGGUAUGCCAAGGAACGUCUGGAGCCGGGUCCUGUGUUUGGGAACAGAGAUAAGUUUCAUGGUCUGGCUGUGUUUGUGGAUACGUAUCCCAAUGAUGAAACGACAGAGCGAGUCUUCCCUUACAUCUCUGUCAUGGUGAACAAUGGCUCCGCAGAGUAUGACCACAGCAAAGAUGGUCGUGCUACAGAGCUGGCAGGCUGUACAGUCGAUAUUCGAAAUAAGGACCAUGACACCUUCGUAGCAAUACGUUAUUCCAAGGGACGUCUUACGGUGAUGACUGACAUUGAAGAUAAGAAUGAAUGGAAGAAUUGUGUUGACAUUUCUGGUGUCCGGCUGCCCACCAGCUAUUACUUUGGAGCAUCUGCUGCAACAGGAGACUUAUCAGAUAAUCACGACAUUAUCUCAAUGAAGCUUUACCAGUUGAUGGUCGAUCAUUCACCAGAUGAUGAGAAUAUUGACUGGACUAAAAUAGAGCCUAGUGUGAGUCUGCUAAAGUCUCCCAAAGAUAAUGUCGAUGACCCGACUGGAAAUUUCCGAGGUAGCCCCCUGACGGGCUGGAAGGUCUUUCUCCUGCUGCUUGCUGCUCUCCUGGGAAUUAUUGUGUGCGCUGUUGUAGGAGCUGUUGUGUUUCAGAAACGACAAGAAAGAAACAAGAGAUUUUAUUAAAUGGCUGCUACAGUUAUCAUUA